AUGGCCGGGAAGGCGGCGACCGCGACGGCGGCGAGGUGGGCAGAGGGGUACCCGUGGAGGGAGAAGCUGGCCAAGUACAAGGGGGAGCUCGGGAAGGGGGUGUGGGGGUACUGGGAGCUCGGCGCGUGGAAGCCGCUCGGCAUCAGCGCCCGCAAGCGCGCCCGCGUCCGCAAGGAGGUGCUCCUCGCCGGCGAGGACUGGACCUAUGACCCGCCCCGCGGGGAGAUGCGCACCAAGCGCAAGGGCCACAAGUGCGACCGCAUCUCCGCCGAGAAGCGAGCAAAUACUGUUGAGCUGAUGAAGAAGAUGCCCCAGAUGCUGCUCGACUACAAGUGUGCACAUACAUCCUGCACUGAUGUUAGCGAUCCUUGUGUGAAAGUGAAACCAUGCCAAUUUGAAGCAGGAAUGGUUUAG